AGCACUGAUUACUUUUAGAAUAGCUUUGUUCUUUGUAAAGGUCCUGGUGCCAGUUGUGAUGUCCCAGUCUGUUGACUGACUCCAGCUGCCUGUGUUGUUCUGUUAGAGCCUCAGCUCGCACACUUUGUCUGGGACAUUAGGGUGUUAAUGGAUUAUCUAAAGGUGUUGACUCAGGUGUGUAUGUAUGAGGAUGGUACAGUGCUCAAAGAGUCCUGGGAUCUGUCUCAGGCACCAGACUCAAGUUCUCUGCUGUCUCCCAUGCUCCCUCCGCCUCUGCUCUGUGAUCUGUCUUCUGUUUUCUCACCUCUGCUUCAACCUCAAACCUCCUCAUCCAAUGAAAACUUGCAUUCAGGAUUUACCCUCAGUCUUUGAAAUGUCCCCUCUUUGCAUUGCCUAACAGUCACCUUGCUUCGACAUGGAUAUUGGAGGCUUGACCACGGUGGUCGCGAACUCUGCUUACAUCAAUGCUCGGGGAAGCAUCGAUGGCUCGAACCUGGCAGCAGCUCGGGAUAAGAAGUACCACUCUCGGCUCAAGCUGCCCCACAUCACCGUGUGUGAGGGUUUGAUGGAAACCCUGGACUUGUCCUUUGACUUGGUCUGCGUGGAUCAACCCAUUGGAAAACGGCUCUUUAGAGAGUUCUUAGACGCGAAUAAGGAGUAUCACGGCGCAUGCCGUUUGUGGAGAGACAUCGAGGACUAUGACCUGGCUGAGGAUUCAGAGCGGGCAAAGAAGGCCUCAAAGAUCAUUCAGAGAUACAUGGACCCUUCUGCCAAACACUACUGCCCCUUCCUUUCUGAGGACAUCAUAGCUAAAGUGAAAGAAGGCCAGGAGGCAGUAGGCGACAACUUGUUCGCUGUAGCAUUAUCCACGACUCUGGAUUUUCUACGAGAAGCCCCCUUCACUUUCUUCCUGGAGAGCAUGUACGUGAAGAGGUUCCUGCAGUGGAAGUGGCUGGAGAUGCAGCCCAUGGAUGCAGACUGGUUCCAAGACUUUCGUGUUUUGGGGAAAGGUGGGUUUGGGGAGGUUUCAGCCUGUCAGAUGAAGGCGACAGGGAAACUGUACGCAUGUAAGAAGCUCAACAAGAAGAGGCUGAAGAAGAGGAAAGGAUACGAGGGGGCGAUGGUGGAGAAGAGGAUUCUUGAGAAGGUUCACAGUCGCUUCAUUGUGUCGCUGGCGUACGCCUUCCAGACAAAAGAAGAACUUUGUCUGGUCAUGACCAUCAUGAAUGGAGGAGACCUCAAGUACCACAUCUACUUGGUGGAUGAGAAUAACCCAGGGUUUGAAGAGCCUAGAGCAUGUUUUUACACGGCUCAGAUCAUCCAAGGGUUAGAGCACCUUCAUCAGAAGAGAAUCAUCUACAGAGAUCUCAAACCAGAGAAUGUGCUGCUGGACAAUGAUGGGAAUGUGCGCAUAUCUGACCUGGGUCUUGCUGUGGAGCUAAAAGAAGGAAAAACACUGACUAAAGGAUACGCUGGGACACCAGGGUACAUGGCUCCUGAGAUGCUGAAAGGAGAGAAAUAUGACACUUCAGUGGAUUACUUCACUCUUGGAGUGACACUGUUUGAGUUCAUGGCUGCUAAGAACCCGUUCAGAAACAGAGGGGAAAAGGUUGACCGUGAGGAGAUGAAAGAGCGUAUGCUGACACGGGAGGUGAACUAUCCAGACAACUUCAGCGAGCAUGCGAAGUCUCUCUGUGAGGGGCUGACGGCCAGAGAAGUCAAUCAGAGGAUGGGAUUUAAGAACGGAUGCUGUGAUGAGAUCAGAGCUCAUCCAUUUUUUAGUGGCAUCAACUGGAGGAAACUCAACGCAGGUAUUCUACCUCCUCCCUUCGUCCCUGAUCCCAAAGUGGUGUACGCCAAAAGUCUUGAUGACGUCGGGGCUUUCUCCUCGGUGAAGGGAGUAACCCUGGAGGAUUCUGACAAGACCUUUUUCGAUGAGUUUUCCUCAGGAAACAUCCCAAUCCCCUGGCAGGAGGAGAUGAUAGAUAUGGGCAUUUAUGGAGAGUUGAACCUUUGGGGUCCUGAAGGAACCCUCCCCAACGACCUCCGCAGGGAGUCCAUACUGGAGCAGCCAAAGUCAUCAACCUGUUGUGUUUCAUAAUUAAUGUAUCAACCAUGCAGUCGACAUUAUUGUAUUUAUUUAGGACAUUAAGAGACAAAUUCUCAGGACAGGAAGAGUCUCUGCUGAACUUUUUAAUAGCAGAGUCAGACUGGGACUUUUGAUUGUUGAGCACAAACACCUAAAGAAAAGAAUGGAGAUGGGUUUUCCACCUGGAAUGAACUA